AUAAAAUGUAAAUAUAUACGAGUAUAUAUAUCCAGAAAAUAGCAUUGUACAAUGCAUCACAAAAAUGAGAAAACUAUCUAAGUAAGCACACUAACCUAAAAUAGUAUCUACCGUAUAUGCCUCCCCCCACCCCACCUUGCGGUAGAGGUAGGGGGAGAGGAGAUUUUUUCAAAAGCCCGAAGGGCAUCACAAAAAACACAAUCCAAGAAUGGCACGGACAAGCCCCGACUCAUUCAUCAAAAUUCUACAAAAGAUAAAUAUCACGAAAAAGUCAUCCAAGCUUCCUAGCUUCUGGGCCGGUAGAGGCCCGUCCACUACUCAGCAUCAUACACCAUUAUUACAGCAGCUCAAGCGAGGCCCAGCAGGUGAGCCCAAACCAGAAGCGUCCAAGUCCCAUAGCAGGCUAGGGUUUGCAGCUCGGCCCAACAGGGCAUCCCUUCCAUCCUAGCGCCACAGUUGAUUUCCCAAUUCAAAAAAAAAGCGCACGUGGUGCUACAGUAACUGACAGGACGACAUGGGCGGUCCAAACAACGUAUUAGAACGUUGACUUUGCCAUCCUCGUCGCCGGCAGAGCUUCGGUCAGUCGCUGAUAGCAAAGAACCCACACAGUCAUGCUCGCACGUGAGACUCCUCCCCUCCAAACCCCACCAGGUUCCAGCGACACCCCGGUGGUCAGGCAAGGAAGAAAGAGAGAAGGUAACCAGCCGGAAAGUAAAGCACGCACCACCCACCCCCAGCCACCCCAUCAUGGCUUCAGCAUCUACCAGACAGUCCGGUGGCCUGAAAAGUGGGGGUAUCGAAUCCAAGCCAAAAAAAUAACUGUAAGCCGUAAUCCCCCUCACCGCCCCCACCCCCGUCGAGCCCCGGCGACCCUCGGCGGCGUAGGUGAAAAGGAAGCAGAGAGGCGACCUAACAGCAGACGAAAAAAAACACAAGUCCAACCCCAUUCAUCUUCUCCGAUAUACAUCCCACAAACUGUUUUUUGAAACUCAAUCCCCCAGGCCAGAGAAUCGCAAGGCUAGAAUAACAAGAAUAGAGCUUAUCUAAAAUCAAAAACCUCCUCCUCAAGACAGGUUGACGAACAAAGGAAAGAUUACCGGAGUAGGAAUACCAUCUUCAAAAGUAGUAUUACAAAAGUAGUAUUGUAAAUGGGCCUCCCAAGCCCAAGACUUGGGAGCCCAGCCAUAAUUUUUCCUAUAAAUACUCUCUCUGGGAGUAGUUGUAAGGGUUCACAAAUUCAUUGAUAAAGAGCAAAUAUAGAACUUCU